AUGCACCCAGCCAGCCUACUCGAUAUCCCCGCAGAACUUCGCAUAUACAUCGCAGAAUGUCUCGCCGGAAAGUCCCUCAAGGCCUUCGCGGCCACCUGCAAAGACCUUCGAAACAUUGCAGACAUGGCAUCAAAGGAGAAAGCCAGAGUGGCGACGGACUCUGUGCUCCUAUGGUUUAGGAACGAACAGUCACGGCCGCGCCAUUUCACGCAGCGCGAAUGGCUCGACGAGUUGAAAACAACGGUUGACUCGGCUGCCCUGAAAGAAUAUAAUGCGCUUUUAUCUGCGUGUCGGGCUGGAGAUUUGGACACCCUGCGUGACCUGCUCAAAACCGUCUCUCUCAUUCCGCCAGACCUCAUCUGGCCCAAGGGAAGGUGUCCCGCAGUCUCUUGGUAUACUCCAGUGGAUCAGGCAGUGUAUUCAGACUCGAUGGAGACUUUGGAUCUGCUUCUAGCCGCUGGGCCCGAUUUCACAAGUAUCAGCCUCCACGAUAUGUCUCGUCUGCUAUUCGGCCGCAGGUCAUGGAAUCGGGCUAUGACUGAUAGAUUGAUCGAUAACGGCUUAGACAUACAUCUAGCAGAUGCGCUCGGCGAUACCUUACUCAAUGUUCUAUGUCGAGGAUGCUGCCACCUACCAAAGCCAUGCAUUCGGUCCCCACUGCCUGCGGUUAAGUACCUAGUUGACAAGGGGGUGGACGUCCAGCAGCGCAAUUUUUGGGGAUCUAGUCCACUAUCAAAUGCCAUUGAGAGAUCGGAACACGGUACAGGUGCCUGUCCCGAGUUGUUCGACCUGAUCCGGUUCUUGCUUGAGUCGGGCUCUGGGGUGAAUGCACCAUGUACAGACCAGGACAACACGGCUUUACAUGUGGCGUGCGAGAUCAAAAGCCGGGAUAUCGUGAAUUUGCUACUGGACGAGUUUAAUGCAGAUGUUGAGGCUAGGAAUUUCACUGGUGAGACUCCGCUACACAUUGCGUUGGAGAAGAAUUCGGGCGAUAUUUGCGAGAUCCUCCUGCAGAAGGACGCGUCCUUGACGACAACCAUUUACAGGCACGGGGGGAAGAUGAAUUAUCUCGAGUACGCAUUGGAUAUGGGUCCCGUGCUGCGCACUUUCUACGACGCUUGGAUUAAAUUUUUCGGAUACGGCAGGCCUGAUCUACUGCUGGCUGCCGCAGCGGCGAUUGGAGAUGUGUCUGAGUUGGAAAGACUGCUGCCCUUGUAUGAGGCUGGUCGAGACAACGCCAAAUACAACGUCAAUGUGGCAUUCUCACAGGCAGUUCGGUACCAACGAGAGGGGGCCAUUGAGUUCCUGCUUCCCCAUGUUUCCAGUAUCAUCGCUGUUAACAGGAAGAUAGCAAGAACACCGGCCUUGCAAUUCGCUGACAGACUGUCAGAUCGGACGCUCCUCAAGAUCAUGGCCCGAGCACCUUCAUCGGAGAUUGACGCCUACGUGGACAAUGUACGAGAUGGACACUUCAGGGCCAAUAUCCUCAUAGCUAUGCUUCUCUCUGGGCGCGCUCCAACAUCGAUCAUUAUGCCUAACUGCCAGGCUCUGCUAGAAGAGGCUGUAACGAGCCACAACAUGGAGGCGUUUAGAUUCCUCCUUCAGCAUGUCCAGCUAUCGGACUUUGACCCAAGAUCUAUUGUCCAAAGCGCCCUGCAUUACGAAUUUCUCGAAGCUGUGGAACUUCUUCAGGAUAGCGGUAUGGGCCCAGUCAUCACUUCCAGGGAGUCCAACAGCCUCAUACUUUCCGAUGCCGUUAGGUGCAGUAAAGCGAAGGCGUUAAAGUUCCUGAUCAAGGCCGGCGCCGAUAUUACUGCAAAUGUUAUCUGCAGUCAUGCAAGUCAAUUUGACCAGGCCCCCGAAAUGCAGCCCUUUGCAGUGGCUGUUGCGAUAGGAAGGCUGCCCGAGAUAAUGCAGAUGCUCCUAGCAGCCAAGGUCGACCCCAACACCAAAGACACACAAUAUCAGCUAUCCCUUCUCUCUUGGGCUUCGUUCUAUGACGAUCCACACACUGUACGCAGCUUGAUCUCCCACGGAGCAGAUGUAAACAGCGUCGAUAUAUUCGGCCGGACCGCGUUGUUCUACGCCGCCACAUGUGGCAGUCCGGCCAUUAUCCGCAUGCUUCUCGAGGCUGGCGCCCAGCCUGACGUGACUGACAUCAACCAGAUGACGCCGUUGACUUUUGCCGCAGGGGCUCAGACGGAUAGACCUUCUCAGCCCGAACAUGAAGUGCGCGAUCCAAUCCGUAGUUUGUGUGUACGACACUCCUCGCGGGUGUAUCCCGCUUACAUGGAAUCAGCACAGCUGCUACUUGAUGCUGGGGCCAAUGCACGCCACAGAGAUGGUUCAGGGCGCUCGCCGCUUUCUCAUGCAGCACAAAUGGGCUCGUCGGGACUUGUCCAGAGGUUCAUUGACCUCGGGGUGGACGUCGAUGCGGUUGACGACCAGGGCCACACAGCGCUGUCUUGGGCGUGCAUGUUUGGCCAAGACACGGCCAGGGCCCUGGUGGCAGCUGGAUGCGAUGUUUCCAGGGCAGAUUACUCUGGAACGACGCCUUUGCAGUACGCUGAUUAUGAUAAGGUCGAUGGCAGCGAUGCCGUGGUGAAAUGUCUUUAUUCGGGUAAUGGUAGAUAG